AUGGAAGGGGUCCCGUCUGAGGACAUAGGCCCCAUCCAUGUGCCUUUGGGACACGUUGUGGCCAGCCAGAAAUGGCGUGGGUCGCAGCUGACGGAGGGUAUGCACGGGAAAAUUAAGCUCGUUUUUGAGGAUCGCCAGACGCCAGUAGAUUUCUACUUAUCUAACAGAUCCUGUAUUCUUUACAUCACCGAAGCCGAUUUGGUGGCAGGAAAUGGCUACAGAAAGAGGCUUGUUCGGGUUCGAAAUUCUAGCCGUCUCCAAGGGAUCGUUAUAGUUGAAAAGACCUCUGUGAGUGAACAGUACUUCCCAGCUGUACAGAAGUUUACCGUUCUGGACCUGGGGAUGGUGUUGCUUCCAGUGGCCAGCCAGAUGGAAGCCUCCGGCCUCAUUAUCCAGUUGGUCCAAGAACAAGCCAAAGAGCCCAGGAAGAACCCUUUUCUCAAGAAAAACCGCUCUCUGCAUGCUGAGCGGUCCCUCCUCCGAACUGUGCAGCAGAUCCCGGGAGUUGGCAAAGUUAAAGCCCCUCUCCUGCUUCAGAAGUUCCCGAGUAUCCAACAACUAAGUAAUGCAUCUACCCAAGAACUGGAGCAAGUGGUGGGCCCAGCGGUGGCACAGCAAAUUCACCUGUUUUUCACCCAGUCCAGCUGA